AUGCCCAUUUUGUCCCCACAUGAGACGUAUUCCCUCCAUAUUGCAUCCGUGGUUGCCGCCUCGAUGAGCAUUAUAGCAGGUCUACUGGCUUCAUACUGGUUUGUCCGUAUGAGGAGGAGUUUCCGCCAUGACCUUAUCAUGUUAUUGAUCGGGAGCGACAUGUUCAAGGCCUGCUGGUUUCUCCUGUUUCCAGCUGUUGAAUUGGUCCAUGGCACAGUCGCGCCCGACUCCAUAUUUUGCAAUGUCAGCGGAUUCUUCCUCGUUAUGAGCAUGAACGCUUCCGACCUGGCUGUCGCCCUCAUCACCCUUCACACUGCGCUCUACAUCUUCCGCGGAGAACAGGGCUUGUAUCCCUUUCGAAAAUACGCCUACCCGGUCAUCUUUAUUUUCCCAAGCCUCCUGGCCGGCCUGGCUUUCGUCAAUAAGACGGCGUACACCAACACCGGCCAGUUUUGCUGGUUACCAGUGGAACCCAUGUGGACAAGACUGUUGCUUAGCUGGGUCCCACGAUACUUUAUCUUCGCUUCCAUUCUUGCCAUCAGUCUCUCACUUUACAUCUACGUCAGGAUUCUGAUGAAACGGUUCGCGGCAGUCAGGGACGCCCAACAGGAGGACCUGACUCUUCGAGAUUCCCGCAGCGAACCACCAACACACAAAACUUGGGAACUAACCACCCCGUCAAAUGUGUACCAUGGUAAUACACAGUCUAGCAUAUCAUCCCGCCGAAACUCCAGAGAGGAUUGUGGACGGCAAUUCUCAGUUUCAACAUUAAGCACUCAGGUCGAUCUAUCACAAGCCAAGAACUAUACAUCGAAGCUCGCACGGCAAUCUUAUCAAUCUUAUCAGUCUACCAAGUCCAAAUUAACUCAACCGGGAAUCGAGGAAGUUCCGUCACCGUAUCAGGGAAGCCAGGCCUCAGACUCGGACGUCAGAUCCCCCUGCGGAGCCGAAGGGUUGACCACACCUCAAGACGUGCAUAUGCAGGAUCCACAGCUAUCGCCUACAUUCUCCAAGUCUCCAACGCCUCCGAUGCCCUCCGACGAUAGUUUUGGCGAGUCUUGGGCUGGACCUACAGCCAGCGCUACGGUGCCUCGAUCUCGGACAUCCUCACUACCCCACAUCUUCUUAGUGAUAAGCGGAAGGAGUGCUAAAAGCUCGGUCUCCGAGAACCCUAUCCUCGACCCUACCCUCGAUGCUGCAGGUUUGGUCAAGACACGAGAAACUAUUCGCCGGCAACUUCGACUUGUCCUCAUCUAUCCUCUUGCUUAUGUCGCAAUGUGGAUUUUGCCCUUUAUCGUUCACCUUACAAGCUACGAUAAGGGCGCACCGUUCCCCAUGAGGAUGGUCAGCAUUUCUUGUCUGUGCCUUCAGGGGUUCGUUGACGCCCUCAUCUUUUCACUGAAAGAGAAGCCCUGGUUACACACCCGACGGCUGGGGCAUGGUUUCAGCGGCGGAUUCUGGAUUAAAAGAAGCCACCACAGCGGAAUCAAUACAAAUGCUGGACGGACUAGGGAGGAAAUGAUGAUUGAUGGGAGGUUGGCUAAGGAACGACGGGACAGAGAGCUGGCAGACAGGCAGCAAGACUCUCAAUCAGGCCGCAAGGCGACUACAGAGUGGUGGGACAAUGACGAUUAG